CGGCGCGUGUGAAGCUGUUGCCGGCAUCCGGUGUGCAGGUGGACUCAUGGAUCCCGACGGCCGAUGGCGGCACCUACCCAGCGGGCCCAGCCUAAAGCACUUGACCGACCCCUCUUACGGGAUCCCGCGGGAGCAGCAACAGCCAGCGUUGCAGGAGCUGACGCGGGCGCAUGUCGAGUCCUUCAACUACGCUGUGCGCGAGGGGCUCAGCCACGCGGUGCAGGCCAUCCCUCCCUUUGAAUUUGCUUUCAAAGAUGAGCGGAUCUCUCUUACUAUUGUGGAUGCUGUCAUCAGUCCACCCACAGUUCCAAAAGGGAGCAUCUGUAAAGAGCUCAAUGUUUAUCCAGCAGAAUGCCGGGGCCGAAGGAGCACCUACCGGGGAAAGCUGACGGCCGAUAUCAGCUGGGCAGUGAAUGGAAUCUCGAAAGGAAUCAUUAAACAGUUUCUUGGCUAUGUUCCCAUCAUGGUGAAAUCCAAGCUUUGCAACUUAUACAACCUUCCUCCAAAAGCCCUCAUCCAGCACCACGAGGAAGCAGAGGAAAUGGGAGGCUAUUUUAUAAUCAAUGGCAUCGAAAAAGUCAUACGAAUGUUGAUUAUGCCUCGCAGAAAUUUCCCCAUUGCAAUGGUAAGACCAAAAUGGAAAAGCAGAGGGCCUGGCUAUACUCAGUAUGGAGUUUCAAUGCACUGUGUGAGGGAAGAACAUUCCGCCGUCAAUAUGAACCUUCACUACUUGGAAAAUGGCACGGUUAUGUUGAACUUUAUUUACCGGAAAGAACUGUUUUUUUUUCCUUUGGGAUUUGCACUUAAGGCACUUGUCAGCUUUUCCGAUUAUCAGAUUUUUCAGGAGCUCAUCAAAGGAAAGGAAGAUGACUCUUUCUUUAGGAACUCUGUUUCUCAGAUGUUAAGGAUUGUAAUGGAAGAGGGAUGUUCCACACAAAAACAGGUCCUUAGCUAUCUGGGGGAACGCUUCAGAGUAAAACUCAGUCUUCCUGACUGGUACCCAAAUGAACACGCUGCAGAGUUUCUCUUCAGCCAGUGCAUCUGUAUCCACUUGAAAUCCAACACUGAAAAGUUUUAUGUGCUUUGUCUCAUGACCCGGAAGCUCUUUGCUUUAGCCAAAGGAGAGUGCAUGGAGGAGAAUCCUGACAGUUUAGUGAAUCAAGAGGUCCUGACCCCCGGGCAGCUCUUCCUCAUGUUUCUGAAGGAAAAAUUGGAAGCUUGGUUAGCAUCUAUUAAAAUAGCUAUAGACAAGAAGGCCCAGAAGACCAAUGUGUCCUUAAACACUGAAAAUUUGAUGAAGAUUUUUACUCUGGGAACAGACCUUACAAAACCAUUUGAAUAUCUUCUUGCUACUGGGAAUCUACGUUCUAAAACAGGUCUCGGCUUCCUGCAAGAUUCCGGACUUUGUGUUGUGGCUGACAAGCUGAACUUCAUACGCUAUCUCUCCCACUUCCGCUGUGUGCACAGAGGGGCAGAUUUUGCCAAGAUGCGGACCACCACAGUACGCAGGCUGCUGCCGGAGUCCUGGGGUUUCCUUUGCCCCGUGCACACCCCCGACGGGGAGCCCUGUGGUCUGAUGAACCACUUAACCACCAUAUGUGAGGUCGUCACACAGUUUGUGUAUACAGCAUCUAUUCCAGCUUUGCUCUGCAACUUGGGCGUCACUCCGGUUGACGGAGCGCCACAUCGGCCGUACAGCGAGUGCUACCCUGUCCUGCUGGACGGCGUCAUGGUUGGCUGGGCGGAUAAGGAGCUUGCUCCUGGCAUUGCCGAUUCUCUCCGACAUUUUAAGGUUUUGAGAGAAAAAAGAAUUCCUCCCUGGAUGGAGGUGGUCCUGGUCCCCAUGACAGGAAAACCAAGUCUGUACCCAGGAUUGUACCUUUUUACCACUCCUUGUAGACUGGUGCGGCCUGUGCAGAACUUGGAAUUGGGCAAAGAAGAACUAAUUGGAACUAUGGAACAGAUCUUCAUGAACGUUGCUGUCUUUGAGGAUGAGGUUUUGGCUGGCGUUACCACCCACCAGGAGCUCUUCCCUCACAGCCUGCUGAGUGUGAUCGCCAACUUCAUCCCUUUCUCUGAUCACAACCAAAGUCCAAGAAACAUGUACCAGUGCCAGAUGGGUAAGCAGACUAUGGGCUUUCCACUCCUCACUUUUCAAGACCGGUCAGAUAAUAAACUGUAUCGUCUUCAGACUCCACAAAGCCCUUUAGUGCGACCAUACAUGUAUGAUUAUUAUGACAUGGAUAACUAUCCAAUUGGGACAAAUGCCAUUGUUGCUGUUAUUUCUUACACUGGCUAUGAUAUGGAAGAUGCCAUGAUUGUGAAUAAGGCUUCUUGGGAACGAGGCUUUGCCCAUGGAAGUGUCUACAAGUCCGAGUGUAUAGAUCUGUCUGAAAAAAUCAAACAAGGAGAUGAUAGUCUGGUCUUUGGAGUCAAACCUGGUGACCCACGGAUUCUGCAGAAGUUGGAUGAUGACGGAUUGCCAUUUAUUGGAGCACAACUGCAGUAUGGAGAUCCAUAUUACAGCUACGUAAACCUCAACACCGGGGAAAGCUUUGUGAUGUACUAUAAGAGUAAAGAAAAUUGUAUUGUGGAUAACAUCAAAGUGUGCAGUAAUGACACUGGAAAUGGCAAAUUCAAGUGUGUUUGCAUCACGAUGAGAGUCCCUCGGAACCCAACUAUCGGGGAUAAAUUUGCCAGUCGUCAUGGGCAGAAGGGCAUCUUGAGCAGACUGUGGCCAGUUGAGGACAUGCCAUUCACUGAGAGCGGGAUGGUUCCAGACAUUCUGUUCAAUCCUCACGGUUUUCCAUCCCGCAUGACCAUCGGUAUGUUGAUUGAGAGUAUGGCAGGGAAGUCUGCAGCUUUACAUGGUCUCUGCCAUGAUGCUACGCCCUUCAUCUUCUCAGAGGAGAACUCGGCCCUGGAGUACUUUGGUGAGAUGUUGAAGGCUGCUGGCUACAACUACUAUGGCACUGAGAGGUUGUAUAGUGGCAUCAGUGGGCUAGAGCUGGAUGCAGACAUCUUCAUAGGUGUGGUUUAUUACCAACGCUUACGCCACAUGGUCUCAGACAAAUUCCAAGUUAGGACAACAGGAGCCAGAGACAAAGUCACUAACCAGCCUAUCGGGGGAAGAAACGUCCAGGGUGGGAUCCGUUUUGGGGAGAUGGAGCGGGACGCCCUUUUAGCUCAUGGUACAUCUUUUCUCCUUCACGACCGGCUCUUCAACUGCUCGGAUCGGUCUGUAGCCCACGUGUGUGUGAAGUGUGGUAGUUUGCUCUCCCCGCUGUUGGAGAAGCCACCCCCAUCGUGGUCCACCAUGCGCAACAGGAAGUACAACUGUACUCUGUGUAACCGCAGUGACACCAUCGACACUGUUUCCGUGCCUUACGUCUUUCGGUAUUUUGUAGCUGAACUGGCAGCUAUGAACAUCAAAGUGAAACUGGAUAUCGUUUAACUUGACGCUGGCCUUUUGGGUCAAGAUUGCUAUCAGAUUAAAACAAAAUGUAACUUUGGUUCAUUGAAGCUGUUAAUAGUUACUCGAGUUUUUCAAGGUUAAGAGUGCUCAACCAAGACCUGGCAACUAAGAAUGCAGAGUUUCUGAGUUGCUCUGGUAUAAUAACUGCUGAAGAUGACUUUCAGUGUAUUUGUUGCUCUUUAAAAGUGAUACACUGAAAAAUAGAAGGAUAUUCAGGGGAAAGUCUUUCCACCCCCAGGUUCUUCAUAUCCUGCUUUCAGCAGGCGGUGACAGUCAAACAUUUAUUUUGAUGUAGAGCAGAGCAGCCCAAUAGAAAUAAACAGUGUAAGCCAUAUAUAUGUAAUUUUGUAUUUUCUUAAAGUAAAAACAAAGGUAGAAAAAUUUUUAGCAGCUUUUUUGAGGUGUAAUGGUUAUACCAAAAACUGCACAUAUUUAAUGUAUAUAAUUUGGUGCGUUUGAACAUAUGCACACACUUGUGAAUGACCACAAUCAUGGUAAUAAGUGUCACCUCCAAAGGGUUCCUUGUGCUCCUGGGGGUGGUUGGUUUUGUUUUGUUUCUUGGUGUUUUUACGGUAAGAACACUGAACUUGAUCUCUACCCUAUGGACUAUGGAUAGAACACAGAUGAAUAUAUCGCCCCAUAAAAAACAGUUGUUCAGAAGAUCGAUAUGUGUCUCUAGAAACUGGGUCUUGGUGUAACAAAAAAUAAUGUAUUUAUUGAAGGAAAGAGCAAUAAAACUGAAUGGUGUGUGUAACAUGUUUAUGAGUGAAUGGCUGCUAAAACACAUAGAAAAAUACAACUCAAGACUGAAUUCUAUAUGUGACUAGAACAAAAAUGUAUCUAAAAAGAGCUAUACUCAACACGGAAUGAUAUGAAGUAUAUCUAUGAAUGGACAGUUUAUAUAAAACAAAAUUAUCUACUCAAAGGAAAUACCUGAACAUAAGAACGAAUGACAUUUUUUAGAAUAAACUAUUGUAGAAUGGGAAAAACUAUACACACAAUUAUAUGCUGUGUAUCUCUAUGAAUGGAAUGUUGGCAGAACAAUAAUAUAUUAACAUAAGACAUUUCCAUAUACAUAAUUGAAUUAUACUUUUAUAUCUCCCUGAAUGAAGAGUUUAUGAAUCUAAAUGAAUGUAACUCCUGAAAGGAUUUAUACGCAAAAGAGAAUGAUGCAAAAUAUAUCUAUACAUGGAACGUUGGUAGAAAACAGAAACAAGAGGAGGUGUCUACAGAGAGAAAACGCCUAUUACAAUGCGUAUUGUGGGUCCCUGGAAUAAAAUGUGGUUAGAAUGGAAAGGAAUAUAUCCACUCAGAGAAAAGCGGUGUACACAACACUGAAUGAUAGGUUACUUAUCUCUGCACUGAAUGUUGGUAUAACAACAACGAGUGUAUCUGAUGAGAAUGAGUGAUGUGUUUUUAUCUAUAAAUGAAGUGUUUGUGAACACAAAUGAUGUAUCUGGAGUAUGAGAAUAUAAGCAAUUGUACCUAUUAAAAGGAAGGAUUUUGAAAUGAGCCUGAAAGGUUUUCCCCUGUGAAUGGAUUGCUGGCAGAACACAUGGGUGUCUGCUGAGACAGACUGCCAUAUGCGGCACUGAUGAUUUGUAUCUGUAAAUGGAGUGUUGGUGAACCCAGAUGAAUGUAUUUGCUCAAGUAAGAAUGGUAUAUACAAGAUCUGUGCGUGCGUGUGAAAUUCAUGUGUAAAUAUAUAUAGGUAUAUAAUCUCAAUAAAUAGGAGAACAAGCAAAAAAUCUACUUAAAGGAAAAAUAUACUCAAAAGAUUGAAUUAAUGUUAUGCAACUCUAUGAAAAGCGGAGAAAAGUACCUUCAAUGGGAAGACAGAGCUAAAUGUAAAACUGAAUAAGUUACUUAUAACCAUGAAUGAAGUGUUGCAUAAUUAAAGAAUUUAUUAUGAGUACCUUAAAUGAAAGAAGUAAAUACACAAUUGAAUGACAGAUUUUGGUUCCUGGCAGUACGCGUCCCUGGGUCCUGCUAGAAGUCAGACCUCCAGGCCCAGCCCACUUGGAGACAAAGACAAAUCUAUUGGGUAGCUUCACAGCACUCAGUCCCUCUGGCAGUCAGGAUACUAAUGAGAAGCCACUUGUGACUCCUUCCCAUCUGUCUUGUGGUAAAAGAGGCCACAUCACAGGACUGCAGUGUGUCUACUAGCCGAGGAGGGCCAAGGACUGCUGGCGACCACCAGAAGCUGGAAACAGGCCUGGAACAGAUUCUCCCCGUCUCCCGGAGGAAUCAACCUGCCAGCACCUUGAUUCUGCACUUUGGCCUGAACUGUGAGAGAACAUGUUUCUGCCUACCUAGUUUGUGGUAGACUGUUCAACAACCUCAGGAAACUUCCACAGCCGAAGCUCAGUGCCUGGUGGGGCACACCGUUGAAUAGCAUGGGCUCUAACUGUGACAUUUAGGUCCCUCCAUUGGGAUCAGUGAGGGGGAGGUGAAGGGGCCCAGACUGGCUGUCAGAGAACCAAACCACCUAAUUAACCCUUCCCAUGCUUCCUUUUUCCUUCCCACGAGGUGCCAAGUUCUGUUUGAAAUAUCAAAUGCACUUUAAAGGCUAAGCAGGGGGAAUUCCCUGGCGGUCCAGUGGUUAGGACUCUGCACUUUCACCAGCAAGGGCCCAGGUUCAAUCCCUGGUUAGGGAACUAAGACCUUGCAAGCCUUGCAGCACGGCCAAAAACAAGAAAAAAAAAUGCCCUGCAUCUGUGACCGGUUUCUGUGCGCCUCCUUUGGCCUCCUUUUGGCCCACAGCUCUGGAGGACCUGGAGGAAGGAGUAGGGCACUGGGACCCAUUCAUCAGCUGCUGCUUAUGAAACUGCACCUCUUCUAAGCCUCGCACCCCGUGAACCUGCAGCGGGUAAAGAAGGCUCGGGCAGUGCUGAGGAGGGGGCCAGGCCCACGGGAGCCCCAGCAGCCCAGUGCACGAGGAAAGGAGUUGCACUGGGUGGGCGGCGGAGGUCUUGUCUAAGACUGGUCCCCAGGAGGGAGCUGCUCCCCUGCUCCUAGGGAGCAGAAGAGUCUGAGUCCGCCCUCAUGAGGGCACCGCGUCCUCCUCACCUGCAGCGUGCCUGCCAUCACUCAGGAAGGCUGUUUCGGUAGCUUCUCUAGGACACAGCCACAGCUUCCACCUCUUCCCCAAAACCUCCUCUGCCCGGCACCUUAAUACAGGCCUGAGAGCACAGCAGGAACCUGCAGGUAUACCCUCCUCCAGGCCUCCCGGCCCUGCCUAGACUGGCAAACGGCUGGAAUCCAGAAGCUGGAGUCGAGGAUGGAGUUUUUUUUGGUCUGCGUUGGCUCUUCGUUGCGGCAACCGGGAUCUUUUUGUUGCGGCGCUCGGGCUUCUCUCUAGUGGCGUGCGGGCUCCAGGGUGCGUAGGCUCUAUAGUCUGCGGCACGCGGGCUCUAGUUGAUGUGUGUGGGCUCUGUAGUUGCAGCGCACGGGCUCUCUAGUUGUGGCACGCAGGCUCAGCAGUUGCGGCGCGCAGGCUUAGUUGCCCCGCGGCAUGUGGGAUCUUAGUUCCCUGACCAGGAAUCGAACCCACGUCCCCUGUAUUGGAAGGUGGAUUCUUUACGAAUGGACCACCAGGGAAGUCCCCACUGAGGAUAGAAUUUAUCACAGUUCCGAUUUUAAACUAAAGGGCCUACGAUGGAGAAAAGGGGGCAAGAGACCCCCUCAGAGUAUGUGGUUUCCUCUAACAAUUUCCUGUGCCACUCUUUCCACAGGAGGGGAGGCCCUGAAGUUCUACGUCACUGAGAAAAGGUGGAAGGUGGCUGGCAGGGUGUAUCCGCUCACCGCUGUCCUCACACCGGGAGACUUUACGUGUGCGGGGCUCCUCAGGAGUUGCCUCCCCUCCAGCAUGCCCUACAACCUAAGAUCAGGAGUGUGGAGCUUCCAGAAAAGACAGAAGGAAGCCCAAGGGUUGAGGGUGGUGGGUGAAGCCACCUGAGAGGAGAGGAGCCCGUGGGGCCAAGAGACCCUCUCCUGGUCCACAGAGCCUUCUCGUAACACCCCGUCAGGAAACCACCUGUACGCCCAGGCACCAUCACAGGCUGCCUCACAGCCCCUUCAAGGGAUCAAGGGUCAGCACUCACUUUGCUGCCAGGUCGGAGAUCAUCUGGUCAAAGUCAUGUCUGUGCUGCCAUCCGUGACGGCCCUCAGUCUGGCCAGGGAUCGAAGCCCUGAACUAAAACUCUCUCUGAGUCAGUCUACAAGUGCAUCCUCCCAUCAUACAACCCUGCCCCUCACCAGCUCUGACACGCGCUCCCUGGAAGGCGCUAUGUCUUCCUGUGUCUAGCUGAUUUCACCGAGCAAACACUGCAUGAUCUACUUGAUAUGUGGAAUCUAAACAAGUAAAACUUCCCUGGUGGCGCAGUGGUUACGAAUCCGCCUGCCAAUGCAGGGGACGUGGGUUCAAGCCCUGGUCCUAGAGGAUCCCACAUGCCGCGGAGCAACUAAGCCCGCGCGCCACAACUGCUGAAGCCCGUGUGCCCAGAGCCUGUGCUUCGCAACAAGAGAGGCCACUGCAGUCAGAGGCCCGCGCACCGCAAUGAAGAGUGGCCCCCACUCGCUGCAACUAAAGAAAGCUGGUGCACAGCAACGAAGACCCAACGCAGCCAAAAAUAAAUGGAUAAAUAAAUUAAUAAAAACAAACUCUGCGGAGCUAAAACAUAAUUUAAAUAAAUAAAAUUAAAAAGUCAAACUCAUGGAGCAGAGUAGCCAGGCCCAGGGAGUGGGGGAAAUGGGGAGAUGUUGGUCAAAGGGCACAAACUCAGUUAUAGGAUGAGUAAGUCCUAGAGACCUAAUGUACAGCAUGGUGACCACAGUUAGCAAUAAUGUAUGAUGUACCUGAAAUCUGCUAAGAGAGUGGAUCUCAAAUGUUCUCAUCACACACACACAAUGGUAACUAUGUGAGGUUGAUAGGGAUAGAGAAGGAUAAUUAAAUGGUUAGUUUAGAAAUCCCACUAGGGGAUUAAAGAAAGGGAAUUUUAAGAGUCUGGGAGACUCUUGUAAGCUAAUGACACUCAAGAAAAGGAUCCAGUAAUCUAGCAACAAUCUACUCUACCUUGAAGGAACACCAGGCACACUCAAGCCACAAACCCUGACAGCUAGGACACAAGACAAUAGGGAACUCCCUGGCGGUCCAGUGGUUAGGGCUCUGCACUUUCACCGCUGAGGGCCCGGGGUUCAAUCCCUGGUCGGGGAGCUAAGAUCCCACAAGCCAUGUGGCGUGGCCAAAAAAACAACCCAAAACCCACAAGACUAUAGAUAUGGGGUCUAUGUCUUGUUACAUGAAAUCGGGGAGUUAGUGGUCCUCGAAAAGUAUCAUUUCUGCAUGUAGCCAAGACAGGACUUUGUAUAGGUGAAAGGGUGAAGAAACUAGGUGAAAGGGGACAUUAUACCGAAACCUGAGAUGAAUUACCAUAUUUUAGUAUAUGUCACCACCCUAAUAUACAUAGGAUUUAAAUAGCACCAUGACGGUCUCAGACCAUAUAGGGUUAAAGGAGGGACUAAUGAUGUAAGCCUUGAUGUCUACCCAAGAAUGAGGAAAAAGGUGGUCUUCGCCCCUCCCCAUUUUCUUUGAUUAUAAAAAUGGAGCCCUCUUUGCUCUUGCGGCUGCGCCUUGCCUGCCCGCUUGUCUCUCUCACAACUGUCCUAUGCUAAUAAACUCACUCUUUGAAUGCCA